AUGCACCCGGUGCUAUGUACAUGUGCGGCUACCUCCAAGCAAUCUCAACAACUGCGAGGUGGUGGUGGUGGUGGUGGUGGUGGUGGUGGCAGUGGGCUCAGCAAAGCAGCCAGGGCCGGAGCCAUAGCUGGAGGCAUCGUGGCCGGGAUACUAGGUCUCGCCAUCGUCGCGUGGCGAUGGCUGACAGCCCACCGCCGCAGCGGCGACACCCCCCCUGCGGCAGCACCUAUUAAUGAGCCCAUCAUUAGUAUCAGCUGCGGCGGUGCUUCUGCUGGCGGCAAGGUGCCCAAAGUCCGGCGACAGGAGGAGAACGCUGAUCGCCUACAUGAAGGUGAUGAACGCAACGUGGAACGGGUGGACAUGGCGGACGCGGCGACCCUUGGUAACACCCGACAAAAACACCAACCCCACGGGCGCAAUACGGACCAGCCCUGCAGGACCGGUACGGCAGACCCCGAGGCGGCCUGGUUUGCUGCUGACACCGGCUUCAAUAGAACAUGUACGGCAUCGGGGGCUCCCAGCGGGACCUUGAUCACGUCCUCCGCCAUGAUGACGCCGUCCUACGCCCAAGAUGCCGUACGAGGAUCUUUUGUGGAUGCUGAUAAAUCUGCUCUUGAGAUCGACACAGUAAUGGAUGAAGGUGUGCGUGAUGUCAGGAUUUUAGCAGUAGUAGCCGGCAGUAGCGCCAGUGCUGCUGGUACCGUAAAUGGCAUGGCCACUACUGCUGGGAUGGUUCCCCGUACGGCAGCCAGUGGCACCGGCGUCAUCGGGCGCGGUAGUUAUGUGUCUAACCCUAGUAUUACUGCUGCUGCUGUUACGACACAGUUUCCUGUGGCCAGCUACCGCCGGAGUUUGGAAGCAGUGGCGGAUUGCAUGGUGCGCCCGGAUGCUGCACCGGAGCCCUGUGUCGUAACAGAGUUUAUACGCAAGCUGUGGACUGGGCGUCUGAGCUUCGGCGUGCAGCUGCAGCAGCCCCAUACGCCACAAUCGCAGCCAGUACCGCAACUACAGUCAGAACCUCUGCAGCGACUAAAGCUACAGCCGCAACUGCUUUCGCCGCCGCCGCGACAGCCACAAGCACACCUGCAACCGGUACAGUCACGUGCAGCUGUGCCUGCUACAGCCACUACAGCUGAAAGCCUGGCCAUCAGAGCCUCUGCUGGUCUCCCUCCCUUGCUGAGUACUGGAAGCUGUGAUGUGGAGCUGCUGCAGCUUCUGAUGGGAGAAGCCAUCAAGGUUGGCGCGAAGGGGUCGGGUGUACAGGGGAUCUUGGAAAGGGGUAACAGUGGCCAUAAAGGUGAUCUGGGGGGGGGAGACGAGCGUGCGGGGAGGGUUGUGUUUGUGCUUUGGAUUAAGCAGCCUAGAACGGUAUUCCAGAAGCAGCACCUCCUCCAAUUCGCGGGGAGGGGGAACGUGAUCAGCCAUCACGACCGGCACAACACCUGGGAGUCCGUCGAGAACGAGUUGCGGCUCAGUCUCAGCUUUGACCACCGUAAUGUCGUACGGGCGCUGUCGUACAUCACUUGUUCGGUAGACGAGGACGGCAAGCCAACGCUCUCCGUGCUCUCCCGGGAAAAAGCGCUGGCCGAGCCCGGGGCUGCUGGCCAAAAGGAGGGCGGUGGCGGUGGCGGCGGCCCAUUGGGCGUGGUGCCCACCGUAAGCACCUUGGAUGGCGCCGACUUUACAGGUGCUGCGGGCGACUUCCUUGCCGUAAUGUACGGCGGCUGUGGUUUCGGAGCCGAUGGCGCUGCUGGGCAAUCGCAGACGGCGGCCCUGCAUUGUGGGGGAGGUGUGGCGGAGACGUGGGUCAUCCAGGUUGUUGCCGUCGCAACACGGCCUAACGAUACCCAGGCUUGCUCUGCUGUCCACGUGCAAGCCGCAUAUAUGCGCCGUGUGGUGUGUUGCGCGCUGGAUGUUGCUCGGGGACUGGAGUACUUGCACGGCCGCAAUGUGUGUCAUGGAGACCUAAAGCCAGGCAACAUCUUGUUGACGGAGGACCCCAGCAGCCCCUGGGGACUCGUGGCCAAGCUGGCGGACUUCGGCAUGAGUCGCAGCCUGGCCUCGGACAGAACCCACACCACCACACGGAAUUUCGGGACAGUGGCUUACAUGGCGCCGGAGGUUCUGGGAAUCGGCAAGGUCAGCCCGGCAUCGUGCAUGUACUCGUUCGGCAUCAUUCUUUGGGAGCUGGUUUCGGGGCGGACACCGUACCAAGGCAUGCUGCCAGGCCACAUCAUUAAGAGUGUCGUGCAGGAGCUGGAGGCAAAACUGCUGACCCUGAUGUAG